UCUUUGAACGGGGAGGCGGUAAAAGAUGCUGGAGGAGCGGGGAGAAACGGUUCAAGGAGCAGAGCGGGGCCUGGAAAUAAGGAAAAGAAGGAGGAGACACUGCAGCAGGGUCUGAGACACCGGGAACAUGGCCUGCAGGGCCGAGCAGCAGCUGCUAAUUGUGAUUUCCGUCCUGGAAGGGCGACAUUUUCCAAAACGUCAUCGUCACAAAAUUGUGGUAGAAGCACGGUUUGAUGGAGAGUUGCUGGCAACAGACCCAGUUGAACACAAAAGUCAGCCCGAGUUUGUUACAGAACUUGCUUGGGAACUUGACAGAAGGUCAUUAUAUCAGCACAGAUUACAGCGCACACCCAUCAAACUAUAUUGUUAUGCAGUGGAUUCGCUGUCAUUAGCAAAAGAGUCUGUGGGUUAUAUAAUUUUGGAUUUGAGGUCUGUUCAAGAGACUAAACAGACACCCAAAUGGUAUCCCUUACUUAGCAGCAAAUACACAAAAAGUAAACCUGAAAUCAAAAUUGGCAUUGUAUUGGAGGCUGAUGUUAAACCACAGAUAGAAGGUUUUAAAGCCAAAGAGGCACCUCCCAAAGAUGGGAAAUUUCUGGAGACUUUGCCGUAUCCCAUCCUGGAUUUGAACCCCAAGACUCUGACUGCGGUUCUGAAUGAGGAAGAAAGCUAUUAUCAGAUUGGGCCUGCUGAAUACUGCAUCGACUUCUUUAUACUUUCUGUGACCAUUGCAUUUGCAACACAGUUAGAGCAGUUAAUUCCAAGUACAAUAAAGCUUCCAGAGGAGAGACCUGAAUUUUUCUUUUACUACACUUUGCUGGGAAAUGAUGUCACUAAUGAUCCUUUCAUUGAUCUGAUGAACCCGAACUUUGCACCUGAACGAGCUUCCGUGAGGAUUCGGAGUAGACUAGACGUUCUCCAGCUGUUCUUAUCUUCCCAACCAAAUCUCCAGAUCCAUUUGUGCUGUGGUGACAGAUCAUUGGGCAGCACAGAGGUGUCACUUGCAGGGUUAUUAAAAAAGAACCAAGAAAUAGAUCAGCACCCUGCAGCAGUUGAAGGAGCAUUUACAUUGGUGCCACCUAACAAAGCAAAGCAAAAGGACCCUCCUCUGCCCCUUGAGUUGUCUCCGACUGUGGGAGUUUCAGUAACCCUUAGAAAAGAAGGAACAAAAUCACAGCAAUCUAGUCCAGGUAAAAUGGAACCUGAACUUAAGCCUCCAGUGAUGCAACGAAUAGUUUCUCCUCAAACUAUCAAAACUUCAAUUCCUGAACGAAAGCCUGAGACUGUUGAUAUUGCAAGCAUUUCUCCUGAACGUAGUGAUUCUCCUCCCAGCAGAGAUCAGGCAACAGCAAAUGAGGUGAAUAAUCUGCAGGGAGAAGAAAAUAAGGUUCUUAAAGUGAUAACUGAUUCUGGUGAAGGUAUAGACAAACAACAAUUAGAACAGCAAUCAGAAACAGUAUUGAACUCCAAGGCACGUUCAUCUCAUACAGUUAAACCUUCCCAAGCAGAACCAGUUUCGCCAAUGGAACCACAGUAUGGUCCAGCUUUAGUUUCCAAGUUAUCUGAUUCUUCAUCAGCACCGAAGAUUUCUAUUCCAGCAUCAGCACACCAUUUCUGUUUUGCUCUGGAUAUAAGAAGUAUUAGACAGCUGGAUGUCAGUUUUGCCGUAAAUUGUAUAGUACGGUACUCCUACCCAUUUUUUGGUACUGCAGCCCCAAUCAUGACGAAUCCUCCAGUAGAAGUGAAGAGAAACAUGGAAGUGGUCUUACCUCAAUCAUAUUGCGCGUUUGAUUUUGCAGCACUACCUCAUCAGUUGCAAGAUACUUUCUUCAGGUUACCUUUGUUGGUUGAACUAUGGCACAAAGAUAAAAUGGCCAAAGACUUGCUGUUGGGAGUAGCCAGAUUGAAAUUAUCCAAUGUUCUGACAGCAGAAAAAUCUCGCUUUUUGGGAUCAUCAGGAGAUCAGUGUUGGCGUCAGACCUACAGUGAGAGGAUACCAGUUGUGGCAACACAUGGGUCGAGCAACAAAAUAGCUGAACUGUACUGCUCCAUGACCCUGGAGGAUUAUAAUUUUGUAAAAACUCAACAUGUUAUGGUGUCUGAUUCAUCUCAGAAUUCAAAUAUUGGAUACCAGCAACAACCUGAUCCUUCAGCUAAGCCUGUUCAGGCUUCAGAGCCUGGUCGUGAACCUGGGCCUCGUGAGACAAUGGAAUAUAAAGCUGCAUUAGAGUUGGAAAUGUGGAAAGAAGUACAAGAAGAUUUGUUUCAGGAUCAGUUGAAGCACAAAGAGCUGGCUCACAUGCAGGCCCUUGCUGAAGAAUGGAAGAAAAGAGACCGAGAAAGGGAAGCUCUUGUGAAGAAAAAGGUGCUUGAAUAUGCUGCACUUGAGGAACGACUACAAAAAACAUUGGCAGAUUUGGAAAAAAGAGAGAGACAGCUUGCAAAUGGUGAAGUGGAGCUCCAGAGGUUGAGGAGAGAGUUACAGGAUGAACAUGAUCGGAGUUUGCGAGAAAUGCAAGAGACCACAAGACGUUGUACAGAAGAUUCUGUCCGUCAUGUGGAACUGGAGAAGUUAAAAUUUAACCAGUUGGAACAAGAUAAGUUUCGCUUACAACAGCAGCUCCAUGAAGCAGAACAGAAAUACAAACUACUUGAAAAAGAGUUCCAUCAGUACAAGGAGCAGCAGAGUAGUAAACCUGAAAUUCGACUUCAGUCAGAGAUCAAUCUUUUGACUCUUGAAAAGGUGGAAUUUGAGAGGAAAUUGGAAUCAGCCACAAAAUCCAAGCUGCAUUAUAAGCAGCAGUGGGGGCGGGCGUUGAAAGAGUUAGCAAGGCUAAAACAGCGUGAGCAAGAAAAUGCUAUGGCACGACUUAAGAAGCAACAACAAGAACUUGAACAUAUGAGGUUGCGUUACCUGGCAGCUGAGGAGAAAGAAGUAGUUAAAACAGAACGACAGGAAUUGGCAGAAAUUAGGAAUGAAUUGAACAGGUUAAAGCUACAAGAAAAUAAAGAAGCUUCAGAUCAGCGUGCCCCUGCUGUUGGAAGGGAAGCUGGAGAUCAUGCUCAGCAACCAGACGAGGCUUUGGACAAUUAUCUUACUCGGCUCAUAGAAGAGAGGGACACUUUAUUAAGGACAGGCGUAUACAGUCACGAUGAUCGAAUCAUCAGUGAGCUUGACAAACAAAUCCGUCAAAUUAUGAUAAAGAGAGGUGGUCAGAGAUGAGAAUGAUAUGUCACUGAACAUUUGUGUGGCAUGUAACAAGACAGCCACAAAGUCAUCUACCAUUUCGCUAAUCGUAGCUUUGAUAGAAAAUUAGUGUACAUUUUGUGUAUAUUUCCUACUUUCAUAUUUGGUACUGAGUUUACAUUGACUUUUAUACAACUAAUAGGUUUUUGAAAAAAUAUCUUGAAACAAUUUCUGUUCAUUCAUUGUACAGUAAUUUCUAUUGAUGCGUGAUGUUUUAAAUAUGGGUCUAUAAAUAACUAUUUUUGAGAGUAAACACCACUCAGAUUCAUUAAAUACCAGUUAAGUUUUAUGCAUUUUUCUUUGACAGUAUCAAUGGACUGAUAAGCUGAUGCCAUAAAUGCAGAGAAAUCAGCUAUCAAAAAGAACAGAUAUAAAAAUAGUGUCUCAUGGUAAAAACAAUGUCGGAACUAAAAAGAAACAAUUAAUUUUGAAAGAGUCAUAGAAUAUGGAGAUAAUAGCAGUUCCUGCCUUGUAUACAGCAAUAAUUCACUACCAGGGAUUGAGAUAUAUGCAAGUUUUGUAACUGUAAGGGGGACAUAUUUUAAUACUACCUUCCAUUGAGUCAGAAGAUGGGAAUCUGAAAUGAUCUGAAGGCCAUAAACAAAAUCAAUAUCAAAGAAAUUUUUUUUAAAAUUGAUAAGGCAGCUAGGUCUCAAUCAUAUCUAAAAUUCCUUUAUACCACAUAUACUAUAUGGUUAAUAUACAGUUUGGUUUUAGUCUGUUUGCUAACUUUGUGACUUGAAGGAUUCCGUCCUGUCGUAGUAAUCACUGUGCAACUCUCAUGAGCGAAGAAGUUGACUGUUUAAGUGUACUUGUGUCAUAUGUGACAAAAAUAUACCGUUGCAGUUAAACUCAGUAGAAAAUAAUUUAAUUGCAACUUUUUAGAAGAAGUAUUUACCAUGGAGAAGAUGCCAAAUUAGUGUCCAAUAUGGUUCUAAAGGCUGGCAGGAGAGUUUUACAUAAUUUAGUAAUGACAAGAAUUGUUCUGUGCUCACUAUAUUUGGCCUAUUUAAAGGAGAAUGCACCAAUAUUACUUCAAAUAUUCUGAAAUUAUUUUACCACAAUCGUCUUAAUUAAGUGCUUUUGAUCAUUUAGUCAGUUGAUGUUAUUUACAUGGCCAAUGAGAAAUGGUUUUGGGAUAUGUUUUGCCUGACUGUUUUAAAAAUUUCAAUUCAACAACUGUUGUUAAAAAUUCAGUUUAAGGAACAUAUAUAGAUGUGGAAAAAUUGCACUAAGUUUGGCUAUUUAAAAUAUCUUCUCUGCAGUUUUAUAUAAGUAGAUGAGGACUAUAUAAUCUUAACAAAUUUCAACAUUGGAAAAUAAAUUUUAUGUAUUACAAGCAUUUACAGAGGUACUGACCACUACAUCACUAAAUCUUGCCCCAAAUCUUUAGUUCAAAGAUUUUAAAGCAUAUUUUUUGAAAACUAGCUGGAAUGCGGAGCAGGUAUACCUGUAUAGACAAAGUACUAGUCAGUGUCUUAGUUUUUUUCUGUACACAAAAAUACACAGGUUAUGAUUUCAGUUCCUCAAACCUGUGUGCACUUGCUAUAAUUGAUAGUCAAGCAAUAAUUUAUUUCGAGCUACUUUUUUCUCUCCCCUUAUUGAGUCUUUUGUUCUUUUUAAGUGUUUAGAUGGAAGACAGGUGAUUUCAUUGUAAUAUGCACAAAUCUAAGGGGCUUUACAGGAUAAAUACUGAGGUGUUGUUUCCUCUGGUUAACAAAGACACAGUCUCAGGAUAAGGAGUUGAGCGUUUAGGGCUGAAUUGAGGAGAAAUUCCCACACAGAAGUCUUGUGAAUCUUUGGAAUUCAUGACCCUAGAAGAUUGUGAGUACUCCACCAUUGAAUAGCUAGACAGAAAUAAAUAAAUUUUGUUCUCUCAAAGUGGAUAUUAAGACCUAGAUCAGCCAGUCAUGUUGAAUGGUAAAAGCCAGAAGUCAGACAACACCAAAUUGUAGUCCAGCAGGUUCGUUUGAAAUCGCAAGCUUUCAGAGCAGACCUCUUUCAUCAGGUGAUGUGAGAGAGAAACAAACACACAAAAAUUUAUAAACAGAGAGAUCAAAAGAGCAUACACUUGGUGUGUGAAGUGUCGAAUAAUCAGCCUCUGCAGGUGAUCAAAAGUGUCAGAUUUGUGAGUAAAAUAUCAUCAGCUGAAUAACAAGCAAAGGGUAUAAUCCCAUUAAAUAAAGCAGAGAGAUAAUUACAAAAAAUUAAAAAUAUGGUGCUGCUGGAGACAAGCCAAAUGACUGGAAUGAUGAAGGGUCUAGGCCCGAAACGUCAGCUUUUGUGCUCCGGAGUUGCUGCUUGGCCUGCUGUGUUCAUCCAGCUUCACACUAUUAUCUUGACUGGAAUAACAUGAUAGGUGUAAGAGUUGCUUGUCGAGGGUCUAACCAAAGUAAUAAGUAAUCCAAACCUGUGAAAUCUAGUUAAGGUAAAGUGAUCAUAACAAUUUAUCAAGGUGAUGGUGUUAAGAUAGUAAGGAAGGUUUUACAGAUACAGAACAGUGUGGUGAGGUCACAUGUAGUGCGACAUGAUUCCGAGAUCAUGGUUAAGUUCUGUGCCCAUGAAGAUGGCCCCAGCCAUCAGUUUCUGCUCUGCGAAUUCUGCACUGUGUAUCUCGAAGGACACCUCGGAAGAUGCUUACCUGAAGAUCAGAGGCUGAAUGACUUUGACCACUGAACUGUCUCAUGGUCUCAUCAAUAUACCAUGACUCAGGGCAUCCUUGUCUGCAGCAUAUGAGAUAGACAACAUUGGCCAAGUCACGAGUAUCUCUCGUGCACGCGGUGGGUGGUGUUCCCACAUGUAAUGGGAGUAUUCAGGUUGAUGAUCUGACAUGUCUUGCAGAGGUUGCUACAGAGGUAUUGUGUGGUGUUGCAGUCAAUGUAAUACUGAAGACUGGGUAGUUUGCUGACAAAGGGACUACACUCUGAAAGCUUGUGAUUUCAAAUAAACCUGUUGGACUAUAAUCUGGUGUCAUGUGACUUAUGUCUUUGUCCAACACCGGCACCUCCAUACCGUAUGGAAUGGUUGAGUGGGCUCGUAGGGCCAUAUAGUUUACUCCUGCUCUAUUUCUUAUGUUUUCAUGUUAGACAUUAAGAAACUUCAUGUGUCUACAUUAUAUAAAAUUUCCCAAUUCUUGAAAAUGCACAUUUUAAUUAAGAUGGUGUAAGCUAAUGAAGGGAGUAUUAGUGGCAAAUGUUCGAGAAAAGGUCCCGGUCAAUCGGAAAACUGCAACUGUCGCACCCAUGUUCAAAUAAAGGGGACAAAGCAGAAAACUUAUAGAUUAUAUAUAGCCACUGUACAACUGUAACUUAGAAAAUUAGGAACCUAAUUAGAUGUUGACCUAUAUUGUAAAAAAUAAUAAAAUGUAAAAAGUCUUGCCACACAGCUGGUGAUGAACACAGCCAUGGUGUGGUGUGCAGUUUUGCUGUUAAAUUAAGGAAGGGUAUAUUUGCACUGGAAACAGUUCAAUGAAGGUUUAUUUGGGUAAUUUUUGAGACAAAGGCUCCACCUUAUGAAGAAAAGCUGGUUCUUAGAAUCAGAAGGAGACUGACAAGUUCUUAUUGAAACAUUUGAUUCUGAGCGAGUUUGACAAAGUUAAUACUAAGGAUGUUCCUCUCUCUGGUAGUGGGCACUUAAAGUAGAAGGUAAAGUUUCAAAAUUAGGAUUCUCACCCAUUUUAAGAUGGCAAUAAUGCUUCUUUCAAAGAAUCCUGAAUCUUCAAAAUUAUUGAUCAACGUUAUGGAAGUGAAAUAAUUGAAUAUAUUCAAAGCUCAAUUGGAUAGAUUUAACUAUUAAAGGUAAUUGGGAAUGGUGGGAAAGUGAAGUUGAAAUCAGGAUCAUCUCAACCGUAAUGAUAUUAAAUGGCAAUGUGAGCUCAACGAGCUGUACAACCUACUUAACCUUAGAGCAGUAUUGGUGAUAAAUGGCUGACAGCAUCGCAUUGGAGGUUUUAGGGUUAUUCUCCUCUGUAACCCUCCCUCUUUUUUCCAGUGAAAUAAAAAAAACUUGUCACACAAUAUCAUAACUAACAUUUCCUGCAUUGGAAAAGGAAAGUCUGUACAGUGAAACCUGAAUAUGUAACUAAUCAUUACAGUUUGCAAAAAGUCAACCUUCUAUUUAAAUCUUUGCAAAAAUGGUGGAUUUGAAACUUUUGAUACCAGGCAGCAGAUGGCGCUGUUCCAGCAAAGGAAAAUGCUCUGGCCUUGUGUGGUAGUAUUGGUUUUCUAUUUACCAUUGUCCUUGAAAUUUUAUUUAACAUUAUGGAUCAGAACCUGAAUUGCAAAUUUUUAAUGCACCUUUUGUGAUUUCAUUGGA